AUGUCUGGCAGGGAACGCGCCAGACAUGUGGUUGACCAAGCGGCGGCGCGAUGCCGCUUGGAGUACCCGGGGCGCAGCGGUCAUGAGACUAACAGCAGCUUCGACCAACAAGACCGCUGCGGACUCCCCUUGAUGGCCAGCCUGCUGCGGUAUAUCGACGGGCGGAACUAUCAAAGAGCACGGCUAGCCGGUCAGGAGCCGAGCGUAUCCAUCACCGUCUCACCGAGAGCCGUCAUCGUCGAGUACAACGACGACGGGCUUCGAGAGGGGGACGUGGGUUCACUCUGUGGCUUUGAAGGCCGAGAGGGACCAGAAGAAGCCGCGACAGAGCGGCCUCCCUCAGGGAGAAGGAUCCGCAUGCGCGCGCCGUCACCCGUCUUUGCUCACGCGCGCCAAGUCUCCCUGCAGUCUGGCGAUUACACAUUCUCCUUUAGGCCAUCGCCGCCCGAGCCGCCGGCGCCUCCGCGGCGGGCGAUCGACGGGGACGGCACGGGGCCCCUUUGGGAGGAGGAGGCGGAGGAGGCGGCGGCGGAGAAGGAGAAGGGCCAGGAGGGAUCGAGCAAUCGAGGGCCGCCAGCGCACGACGGCGUGACAAGACUGACGCUCUUACUGCGCGAAGAGGGUGGCGGCAUCCGUCUGGCCAACCAACAGCCGUCAGAUGAUACGAGUUUGAGGAGGCAGGUCGAGGAUCUCGAGCCAAGUCACCUGCUCUUCAUGAGGCAACUCCGUCGGAUGCGCAUCAUCUUUGUGCUCGAGGACAAAAGGCCGCUAUCAGAGCGCAUGUUUAGCGUGGAAGCCCUCGAUGAGCACAUCGAGGCUGUAACGGCGGCGCAACGGACCGCAGACGGAAGACUCGCAACGCACGAGUCUCGAUACUUCGUCGUCAGGACUCCGCCCCAAAGCACCACCACGACAACCCCAAGCACGACCGCUAGUCGUCGAGACGGCAGCCAUCCAGCUGACUGUUCUGAAGUCGUACUUGCGUUUCCCAUCGACGCGGAUUGUGUCCCGGCUGUGGAGUCACCGUUACAGCAGCAGCAGCAGCAGCAGCGAGUAUACCGCUUCUUCCCCCUGGGGAACUGGGGUUUCAAGUUUCUGUUGCAGUGCGGCCUGCUCUCGGAAGAGAUAUUGACCCAUCCAGACCACGGGCCCGAGCUGUUGGACCGCAUCGCCCGGGCCUUUGCCCACGCUUCGACGCUUCUACACCAGCACCCAACGCUGAGCUACGUUUGGCCCAAGUACCUCCCGUCGCAAGGUCAUGUCACGGGAGAUCCGCGGGCAGGCUUAGUCGGCAGGAUAAACGAGCAUCUCAGGGACCCCGUGGGGCGGAUGCGUGCGAAGAUCUUGAUCGGGGGAGGCGAGUCUAUGGCGCCGACGGCGCUGGAGCGGUGCAAAAAGGAGCUCGUGUUUCUGUACCUGACAAGCAGGCAGCGAUCAGUCCGAGACGAUUUCCAAAACAUCACAGUCCUUGAUCAGAAUCUGGACCCCGUCCGACCCGCCGAUCAGGAUGUAUACCUCCCAGGGAGAUCCCGCUACAGUCCCGAAGAUCUCUUCCGCCCCGUCACAGCGGGAGAGGGCUCACGAGAGGGCGCUCCUGGCUUCGCGGCAUCCUUUCUACACCCGGAGAUUCUCAGCAAUGGGCCAGAACGACCAGAUUUUUCCUAUCCAGCGUGGGAGCAGUGGCUCAUCGACUCCAUCGGCAUCCAAGCGCGGAUCCGGCUCAUCUCUCGCGCGGGCGACUCUCCAAGUGCGGCGUUUACGUACGUCGCCAAACAUCGCCAUGACGGCCUCCUUGAUAUCCUCGAGGAGUGUUGGCGCGUCGAAGGCGAGCUUGUCCUUGCCAAUCCUCAGUUGCUCAACUGUGUCAAGCAGGUGCCGGUCCCAUGCCUUUCAGGCUUCCUCCAUCCGCUAUGGGAGACGUAUCUGCCGCUCGAGGACCUGCAGAGGCGCUGCCUGCAAUUCAUGGAGCCGCGGGAAGCAUUUCCCUUUGUCGACCUCGGCGGGCAGACAUCGGCAGGCGACCUGGCCAACAAGUGGUCCUUCCUGUACACCCAUCUCGGCGUCUCCCGCAACAACGACUUGGGCUUCCUCCUCGACAUUCUGAGCUACGUCCAAUUGGCGAACCUGAACGGCAUGUCGAUUUCAAGGUGUCGCAGCGUGGUACGUCUGUACUGCGAGCUGGAGAGACGAUGUGCCGAGUCCAUGGAACCGGACUCUCUACGCGACAUCUGCCGAUCAUACGUUGAAGAUAUCCAGGGAAUCAUGAUUCCGUCUGAUUGUGGCGCGACGUCGACCUGGACAGACGCCAAGCGCUGCGUCUGGGGCCCGCCGUCGCUGCAACUGACGACUCGGUACCAGCUGGGCCACAUGUACGAGCACGCACUGCAGCUGGGCCGUGCCGAGCUCGAAGCCCUUUCCUCCUUCUUCCGGGUGACCCUGGGUGUGCGAUGCGUUACCUUGCAGGACCUGACAACGGAGCUGGCAGCGCUGCGGGACGCGGGAUGCAGCGACCUGUCCCGCGUGGGGCGCGUCUACGAGUGCCUGAGCGUGCUCAUGACCCCGGAGACGGAACAAAAGACAAGGCAACAGUUCGACAGCGAUCCGCUCAUACUAGUCGCGCCUAACGGCCAGCCGCGAUGGCUCCGAACGUCACAAUGCUUGUGGGCCAAUCCGAUUGGCGUCGACAAUCGCCCUGCGGUAGGCUUGCACUACGGGCCGCUCGAGAGUCUGUUUGUGCGAACGUUGGGCGUGGGCUUACUCACGAUGGACAUGGUAUACCAUCGGUUACUCGAAGUGGAGAAGCACGAGCCUCCCUUUGCAGAACUGAAGAGCGGCCUGUGGUUGUUGAGCUCCUUGCUGGAGACCGCAGGACAGAGGAACUGGCCCGACGCCACACCGCUUCGCCAGAAAGCCGUAUUCCCCGUGAGAAACCCUGACGGCAGCAUCGUGGCCGCGUCAGCGGAGACGGACUUUGCCAUCAUCGACCGCAAGUUGCUGGGUCAGCAAUUCGUUUCGCAGGUGAAGCUGCUGGACUUUUCGCUUGAGGAGGUCGCCCUGUUGAAGCCCUUGUUCGCCUGGGCAGGUCUCGGCCAGAGAUACCUCUCAGCGUGCGUUUCGAACAUGUCCUUCUUGGGGAGUGAUGCCUCGCAGUUCCCUAUUUCGUCGCUGAGCCGUGACCUCUGCCACAAGGCCCAUGCCUUGGUGCGCAUCGCUGCCGCGUUUGGUAGCCCGAAGUACAAGCGUGCCGGUCCCCGGUUGUACGAAUUCCUGCGUGGCACGAAAGUGGUCGAAACAAAUGCCAUUUGUUCUGCGCUGAGCAUCACACAAGACGGACGAGUGGUUGGCUCGCAAAUCGUCCACUCGCAACCGCUGCACCUGGCUGAGGAGCCCGCAGGUCUGCGGAUCUAUGUCCCACGCGACAAGACGGCACAGGAUGUCUGCUUCGCGACGGUGCUGCCGCGGCGGCUGGCGCAGUGGUUGAUGCAGGACCCAGUGGCGCCGGCGUCAGCACCGAUGCCAGUAGACGCCAACCUCGUGGCCAUCCUCGGCAGCGUGUUAAGCGUGGACAUGCCAGUGGUCGAAGGCAUCCUCGAGCAUGAAGGCAUUGGCCAGGUGCAUUUACCAAUGACGGCCCAAGCGACUGCUGUUCGAGAAGAAGGUUCGGCCCUGCAGCGGGCGGCGUCCCGAGGCGAUGGCAGCCGCCGGAUAGCUGCGCCGCCGACGCCGUCAUCGUCCAGUAUUCCCAGCCCAACGCACCCUGCAGAAGCACCUCAGCGGCGGGGGUGA